AUGGCCUUCCCCCUCCGAACUCCUCUGCGGCCUUUUCAACCACAAGAUCGCCGGCAUCUUGUGACAGUACGUUCAUCAGACGAACUCGCGGCGCUUGCAGCUGAAGCUCAACGUGAAGCACUGGCGCGGGAACGAGACGCGUUGCUACGCCAGCCCGACGAAGCCUUGCGCGCCCGGUUGUUAAAGCACGGGUUUGCAGAGCAGACAUUACCGGAGGGAAGGACCGCGUUGUUAGACCUUCUGGCCGAGGCCAAUCUCAAGGCGAGGUCACAGGUUGUGUCGUACCCCCUCCGCAAGACCCCCCGCAGUCCCCGGGCCAUUAAGAGCUUCCUCGUGGCUCCCAUCGACGUGGAGGAUGUUGGUUUCGUGAACUUCCUCCUGGACAGCGGCAGCAGCGGGGCGCUCAUCACCGCCGAGCUCAGGGAGAGGCUGGGGCUGAGCCCGUCAGAUGGCCAGGUGGUCAAGGGGGUGGACAGCAGCGGCUUGACGUUGCGUCAGAAGGUGCGGCUGCCGGCCCUGAGGCUGGGUCCACAGAUGCUCAACAUACGGGACGCCUACGUCACCUCGCUCAAAUCCGACCACGAUAUCGACGUGGUACUAUUUCACCUCCCCUCCCCGAACCCGAAUAAAACCCGCUACCCCGUCACAAGCUCAGGCGGCGUUCUGGGUCUCAACUUCCUUCGCAUGUUCGAGUUUGAGAUUUGUCAGGACCGGCAGCGAAUGUCCUUCCACCCGCCGGGGCACAUCGACAAGGGGGUGCUGGAGGUGGAGGGCAUGGCCAAACUCAAUUGCGACGUGCUCAAGGGGGGGCUGUUGGGGGUGCCCGUGUCCCUCAACGGCUCCGCCCGCUUCCCCGCCAUAUUGGACCUGGGGGCCAACUUCUCCAUUCUCAACUGGCCGGCGGCCGAGCUGGCGGGGGUGAGGCGAGGAGGCGGCGAGGCGGGCGAAGGGGGCUCGGGUGGCAGCAGCAGUAGCAGCAUCGAGGAGAUCGCCAGUGUGGACGGGCAGCGGGGCAACCGCAUCCGCCGCGGCUUCCUGGAUGUGGUGCUGGGGGACGAAGGCGAGUGCUGGAUGGGUAGUGCUGUGUGCCCGGUUGAACACCGGCCGGCGGUCUGGGGGCAGCCGUCCGUGGGCCGUAUCCCGCAGUUGAUUUACUUGUGCUCCCUUUGCACCUCCCUGCCGCGAGUCACUCCCCCGGCCCCACCCCGUCCACCCGUGCUGCUCAACACGACACACACGUGUGCAGGCAGCCCCUACGUUCCCAGCCGCGCACUGGCACUGAUGGUUCGAGACAUUCCCUCCUUCUCCGCACUGGGCUUUGGGGACUCGCCCGUGAUGGUGCUGGGCUAUGACCUGCUGUCGGCCGACCGGCUGGUGCUGGACCUGCGGAACCAGCGCAUCUUUGUCAAGUAG